AUGUACAAAUUUAAUCGAGUUAUCAUCGGAUGUGCAGUUUUGUCGGUAGCUACGGCAGCCGUCCUCCCUGAUGAUGCUCAAGCUACAAUAGUGGACUACGUUAAUAAUAAUGACGGAACUGGCAAUUAUAACUUCAGGUUUGAGACUUCCAAUGGCAUAACACGUGAAGAAACUGGUAGCGUGGUCAACCCCGGACAAGAAGACCAAUACAUUGAAGUUCAUGGAUCGUACUCUUAUAUAGAUACAAAUGGUCAAACCGUCAAAGUCAAGUAUAGUGUUGAUAAAGACGGUUAUCACAUCGAUAAUGAAGAAUGA